GAAUGCGAAGUCGAUAAACAGACCUGCAAAGACUUCAUUUUAAAUGAGGUUUAAACAAAGAUUUUGGCGGGCUGUUUCAAAUUUCAGUUUAUUUUCGGAGAGUGAGCGGUUAUUUUCCGCGCCUCUGCUGUUGUUUCUUGAUUGGCGAAUAAGACAGCUCUCUCAUUUGUUCUUUCCAAUGAAAUUAAGCGUUGUUGCGCCAAUCAUAAACGUUCCGCUGCAUUCCUCCAAAAGGUACAAGAAGGGCGAGAGUCGGAAAUAUUUCCAUAUUCUCUCUGAAAGAUCUGCUGUGGUUUUCAAAAUGAGCGGACGAGGAAAAACUAGCGGCAAAGCUCGGUCUAAGGCCAAGUCUCGCUCGUCCCGGGCCGGACUGCAGUUCCCGGUGGGCCGUGUUCACAGGCUGCUGAGAAAGGGUAACUAUGCUGAGCGGGUGGGUGCCGGAGCCCCAGUCUAUCUGGCUGCUGUGCUCGAGUAUCUGACGGCUGAAAUCCUUGAGCUGGCCGGCAACGCGGCCCGGGACAACAAAAAGACCCGCAUCAUCCCCAGGCAUCUGCAGCUGGCCGUCCGCAACGACGAGGAGCUCAACAAGCUGCUGGGAGGGGUGACCAUCGCUCAGGGCGGGGUGCUGCCCAACAUCCAGGCCGUGCUGUUGCCCAAGAAAACCGGCGGAGCCAGCAAGUGAAAAGACAGAAUCUGACCCAGUGAACCAAAGGCUCUUUUCAGAGCCACUCACAGUGUCUGUGAAAGGGCUGCUCUGCGGAUACGCUGAGCGCGGGGGAAAGGACUUUAGAUCGGAUUAGAUUGAUGUACUAAUCAACAGGUAGGGUGCGUUGAAAUUCCUUACUGGUGCCAAUCGAGACUCAAUGUUAACGGUAGGUACUUAAUCUGAAAAGUCUGAGUUGAGUCCUCCGCCCACUGUUAUAAGUAAAUGUCCGCCCCGACCAUGUCUAUUAGAGGCUCCGGCGGUGUGAUCGGUUUCAUAUCUGGUAUCGAAUUCAAACAGCCGAUCCUUUCCAUUUCGAAUAACCCGAACAUUUCGCUGUCACUAGAAAUGGUUUUUGAGGGAGUUGUCCUAAUUGUACUUAAAAUUGCUGCAAUUAUUUUUUUUUAAACAAGCCGAGUUUACUGAAUCGCAUUCGGAGCUUUUGU